CAGCAAGACAGCCCCCCUCCUCCUGUCUCAUUAGGAGAUUUGAUUCGGCUUGGCUCCUGCUGUCAGCAGCUGUCUGGGGCAAGAUCUUUAUGCUCUCUGCUCCCUGAGCAGCAACCAGCCUUCAGCCAGCAGCACAACUCAUUAGAAGCAGGCCCCCUGGACACUUGAUUUUCAGCUCAUUGGUGGCCGGCUGGAAAGAGUUAAUACGAACGGCUCCGCUGCCCCCCUGCCCAGCCUCUGGGUGCAGAGGGAGGCAGCUCUGGGUUGUGGGGACUUCUCCCUGAGCUGCUGCCAAAGGACCAGGGGAGCAGCUUAGUGAAGCUGAGGAGGAAGAGCUCAGUAACCCGCAGCCUCGCUGACCAUCCUGUUGGCCAAACCCCGAAGACCAUGAGGACCGGUCAAAGGCGGAACAAAGGGAUGAGGACUCGACUGGGAUGCCUGUCUCACAAGUCAGACUCGUGUAGCGAUUUUACAGCGAUUCUUCCCGACAAACCCAACCGUGCUCUGAAGAGACUAUCCACGGAAGAAGCUACGAGGUGGGCUGAUUCCUUUGAUGUGCUUCUCUCCCAUAAGUGUGGGGUGGCUGCAUUCCGGGCCUUCCUGAAGACGGAGUUCAGCGAGGAGAACCUGGAGUUCUGGCUGGCCUGUGAGGAGUACAAGAAGACCAGGUCAACUGCAAAACUGGUCUCCAAGGCCCAUAGGAUCUUUGAGGAAUUUGUGGAUGUGCAGGCUCCGAGGGAGGUAAACAUAGACUUCCAGACCCGAGAAGCCACACGGAAGAACAUGGAAGAGCCGUCCCUGACUUGCUUUGACCAGGCCCAGGGGAAAGUACACAGCCUCAUGGAGAAAGACUCGUACCCCAGGUUCCUGAGGUCCAAAAUGUACUUAGAUUUGCUGUCCCAAAGCCAGAGGAGGCUCAGUUAGACCUCAGAUGGGGCCUCUCGGAGAUCAUCAGCUUUCCCCGCCCCCUGCUGCCAAGACUCAUCUUCUAACGUGAAAUGUCAUAGGUUGGGAGGCUGGGGGUGAGGAGGGGAUGAAGGGCCGUUCCAACGUGGGAUCUAGUCACCAGAACUGGGGCCCUGUUGCAUUUAUCCCCUUUUGUGUUUUGGUUCGUGAAAGCACCCUGCUGCAGUCACCCUUCACUGCAUCAGCAACUUGUCCUCCAUAACGCCUUGGGUCAUCUCCACUGAGAAGGCAGAUUUACUAGGCCGGGCUCAUCUGUAAAUAAUGCAAAUGCAAUUUCCACCCCUUCUACAUCCUCCUCGGUUAGGACUCCUGACUCCCUAACGUCCUAUACCCUGGUGAGGAAUAGUUAGAAAACUGGCUCCCAGUUGUGAUUUGCUAUCACAGUGUAAUGGCCAGUUGCAGGUGCUGGGACCUCACAGUUUAGGAAAGAGGUCCCUGUGGAAUCCUGGGUUUUCUAGCAUUGUCAUUGACAGAUGGCUCCUGGGAGAAAGUGCAAACUCCAUGGAGUUGGCUCUUUCUUCCAUUUCCACAGGACCCGUGUGAAAAGCUGUGCUCACUGCCCAUCUUAGUCUUAGAAAUUCACAAGACUCCCCUAACCUUGCAAGACCCUUCCAGAAAGGGUCUUGGAAGAUGUCCUUCACGACUUCUGAUGUGGAGCUGCUAUGAAGAAAGAUACAGCUUGCAAAUCUUCCUCAAUUCUACCAAGAAGUUUUUCAGAAAAUGGACCAUCAGGAAAUGUAGUACCAGUGGACUUUUGUGCAAUGGGGCACCAUAUAACCUUCCUGCUGCUUAAUGUAGUCUCUGCCCUCGCCCCCCUAUGGCAUCAUAUAUCACUGAUCUCUUAGAAUGACAGACAGCUUGGCAAAGGGAGGAGAAUUCCCAUAGCACAGACAGCUCUCAUGGUGCCUACUCCUUUCCCUGUCUCUCUCCAUCCGCCUUCCAUGCAGGUCAUGCAAUUAUGAUGGGAGAGAAUGGGAACUUCGGCUACAAUUCUCUUUCUAGCUUGCUUCCUGGGAGCAUGCUUUCGUAGAACGGUCCUUCUCGUGAGGGCCUCCUGGGCUAUUCAGCAGCUUCCGUCUUGAUCUCUGACAUUUUGGGAUUGCACAUGAGGCUAAGAAGAUCACUGUGAACAUCUGGUUGUGGAGGAACUUCCUAAAAUGCUUUCAUGGCGUCCUGGGGCUGCUCUUGGAAAUGGGCCAGGAAACUCUGUCUUGGAGGAUGAAUGAGGUGCAUGGAACCUCCUCUAGCGGCCCAAGACAAAGCUGACUUUGCCACAAGACUGCAGUGCCAAGGAAGUGAGUUCUCAGCAGGGAGACCAGAAAGUGGAAGAGGACCACGAAGAGGCUGGCCUCCUGGUAGACUGAAUCACAGAGAAUGUGCUGGAGGAGCUAUUGGGAUAAUGCCCAGCUGAUGGAUUUGGAUUCAUGGCAGAUCUUCAAAACUUUCAGCUUGACUCAACGUAACAGCACCUGAUUAGGCAUAAACUGUAGCGUGCAGGUCACAGAAUGGGGCUGAAGCAUUCUCCUCUUAAGGGAAAUGAUGGGCCUUUUUAAAUAUGCAGGGCUUCCAGUGUUUGCAUCCCUGUCCAAUGACUUUAUGAAUCCCUUCCUUCCUUGGCUGCAGUUAGACGAGGCCAAGAAAGCUCUUGAGUCCCAUCGAUGUUGGGCCCGCUGCCCUGCCAUGGCCCAUUGUAUCUAUGGGUGAUGGUUUGUGUGUCUAUAUGAACCACCAAGGUUCAUGCCUCCUAGUUCAUGUGAAGAGACCUGUGGAAUUUCACGUUCAAGCACUCUGAAGCCUCAAAUGGGUGUUCCUAGUUAGAUCAGGUAGUAUUCCCCUGCCCCCACGGGUAAAAAAAAAAACAACACAAAAAACCAUCCUUAGCUAAAGCUGCCAGAAUUAGUUUAAUGAUCAAAUUCUCAAACAGGGUAUUUUAAACAUUGUUUACAUACGAAAUGUACAUCUGCUGCCAACUGUACUGUCGAAACGCGGUGCAUACAAAUGGGAACUGCACGGAGUUAUGGUAAUAGGAAACAUCCUAAGAGGGGCCUUUUUACCACUUCCAUUCUCCCCAGGAGAAAAGUCUGAACAAGAGUGUUGUGCGGUGGCUUCACUGGGGGCCUCGAGUUCCUGCCAACUAUUGGUGAAAUGAAGGUUACAGACGUUGGUGUCAUGAUGCCUGGUGACUUCCUCCCAUAACGGGGAGGUGUGAAGGACCGAGCUUGGGUACCCUGAAUUUUGCCGCUAAGUGAGGGUAUGUGGGCUGUGUGUAGAGAAAUGUGAUAGCUGUAUUUAUGGUACUCCCAUGGAGUGGGGUGUGUGUGUGUGUGUGUGUGUGUGUGUGUGUGUGUGUGUGUGUGACAACUGUGAGCAUUAAACUAGUGACCACUGACAUGAUCUUCCCGUGGGGUGGAGCUGUCCUCAUACCUUCAUGUCCUGCUUCCCACAAAAGGCACAGAGCCCUCUGCUCUCAUGGCUCCUUUCAGACACUUUGGUCAUGCCAACCCACAUUUUGGUCUGUGACAGAAGAGAAAUGUUUACAACAUCUAGAGCAAUAUCCAAGCAUACCUCAUCCCUGACCUCUCCCAUAGCCCUUAUCGCUUCGUUCGCUGGGUCACCCGCAGGUGCCACUUCUUCCAUUUAAUGUCUUCCUUCGCUCCUCAUGCCAGCUUGUGCUGGGGCCUGCCUCGUGGGCUCGGGGCUUGCCCUGUGCCUGAGACCCUUGAAGACCCAGGACAAGCCAGGGCAGUAGGCCAGACACAGCUGUGACUUUGAGGACUGUUCUCCACCCUGAGCGGCCUUUCGGCCCCACUUGAUCGUUAAGCUGUUUGGGGGCUGGUGUAGAAUGUCCUGUUGCCCUUGGCAAACCAAAUAGAACACGAUCAAUGACCACCAUUCACAGCCCCGGAUGCCUAAGCUGAGAGGAAGUGUCCUCUGAGCAGUCUUUAUUAUUAAACUUGAACAUCCAGGAACCUCCCCGCCCCCCCCCCCGCCCCCCAGAAAACCUGUUACAAGUGCUAACAAGUGCUAAUUCCCAGGGCUCACAUCCAGAGAGGCUGAUCCAACAGACCUGGGGUGGGACCCAGAAGUCUGCGUUUCUAAUAAGCUCCCGGGUGCGUAUACUUGGAAUAAAGACCGUGAUCUAAGGCAGCGGUUCUCACCCUUGGCUGCUCAUCGCAGUCACCUAGGGAGUUAGUUGUAACAACCAAGUGUCCAGGUCCCACCGCAGAACAGCUUGGGAUGCGGACCCAAGGGAUCACCCCACAGGUAGAUCAAUGUGCAGAUGAAGUUAGGAAGCUAGGGCCCCAGGCGGAACACAGCUGAGCUGAAAACACAGGUGUGUGGACCCAGAGGACUGGAGCACACCCAGAUGCAAAUAGCAGUGACCGGGAACCUUCCAGCCCUGAGUUGGACUAUUGGGGUGGCUGCCUCUGUGCCCUUUCAGUCAGACUUGCCCCUUUGAGAUACAAAUGCCACAUGUUUCUGCCCCAGCUACAUGCAUUGUUGGGCAGCAGGUAUGCCAACAACGGGGGCUGAGGGGGGCUUGAUUAAGAGUUUUUGCCACACCUCCCCGUCUUACUCAGAGUGCUUCCUCCAAGCUGGCCUCCUGGGCUCCCUCACCGCCUCCAUUUGUUUUCAUGUACUCCUGUGUUUGGCCAUUUCAUGUUAGGCUGUGCCUCUGUCCCCAAGGCCAUGUGACAUGGUAGUGGGAACUCAGGUAGUAGGUUAAGGUGUGUGAUAGUAAUAAUAGCGGUAGCACAACAACUUCCAAAUGCCUCAGAGGAGGGUGUCACAUCCUGGGAAUGCUAAGAUCUUUGAGGCUUUCUUCUCCAAGGCCACGGUGGGGUUUGGGUUCCUGCUCUAAGCCCUCACACCAUUUCCUCUUUCAUCUCAGGCGGGGUGGGCAGCCGGAAAGUUCCUAGUUGAUUUUAGUCUCUGGUGCUCUCCCCAGUCCUUGCUGCUCUCAAUCAACGGAAGCUGUGGAAUGGUGUCCUGCCCAGGCUGCAGGCUGGGCCUCCGGCCUCUGAGUACAGAUCCUGGGGCGUCUCCUAUGCACAGGGAGGUGUCCGGGCACUCCAGGGCCUGGGCUGUGAGGGGAAGGCGUGAACCCCAUUGGGCUGAGAGCCUGGGGAGGGUGAAGUGGGGUAGACGGAGGAGGAAGGAGCAGGAGGAAGAGACAGCCGGCAGUGCGGUGCCUGCUUCUCCAUGAACCAGAAACAGGAGGUGAUGGGGGGCACGCUCAGAGGCCGGAUGGUCUCCCACCCACAGGAGUGCCCGGAACUCUCCCAGCCCCGUCUGUGCCCACUUCCAAGCAAAGCAGGAGAAACACGGCUUUCCAUUCAAGGCUGUCCUUCCAUCGGCCAAUGUCAGCCCUCUUUAAAGCUGUAUCCCUCUGGGUUGGAAGGAAGAGAGGUGGCAAAGACACCCCUGUGAUCAAGAGCCUGUGCCACUUGGCAUGAGACCGUGGAGGAAGAACCCAAGAGAAAGAAUGUCUUCCUGUCCCUGUGGCCUCUCAGGACUCCACAAGAUGGUGGACCCAGUGGGAGACUAGGGGCUGGGGCCACGGGCCUUCCCAGGUUUGGGGUCCAGGUCCUGUCAGUCAGCUUUCCCCUUCUGGAUUCUGACUCCCUUUUGCCCCUUCUGCUCCCUCUCCUCUGCCAGGUGCAGAAAAGGUGGCUGGUCUUGGUGUGCGCUCUCCAACCACGGUAGCAUUAGCUGAGUCACGCGGCGUGCACGACCGAUUUGUAGCAGCUCAUCUGCCAUAUAAACCGCUUGGCUGAUGGAGUCCUCAUCAAGUUGUUUCAUUACCAUGCAAAGUGGAAUAAUGUCAUUCACCUUGACUAUAAACAAGGCUGUGAGACGUAAUAAACAGAUCCUGAACACGCUGCCCUCUGCUCUCUGCCCACA